AUGGCAGAGGCACCAAUUGAUAUUGCAAAAUAUCUUAGUACAGUCUUUCUGACCCUCCCCAAUCCAGUCUCAAUUGUACGACUAACAGGAGGAAAAAUAAAUUACGUUUACCGUGUGUCCUUUGAUCAGCCGAUUGUGGAGUUUGCGGGUGCGCGUUCGGUAGUGAUUAAAAUAUCGUUGGGGGUGCUGGCCUCUCUCCCUGAAGUGAAAUUUGGACUUGAACGACAGACGAUCGAAGCACGCGCCAUGGCCUUUCUAGCUCCUUCGUCUACAGGGCUUUCCUUGCAUCUGAGCUUCCCAAACCCACAUCUGCGCGUAAUGACACCUGCACUUUAUCAUCACUCACCUCAGCACAACGUUCUCAUUAUGCAGGAUAUGGGCUCGCAUCCAGAUCUCAAUCAGUUUCUUCUGGACUGCAUGACAACCCCACAAGAAGCAUGUGCUCUAGGCGAACUGCUCGGCAGCUACCUAUGUUCUUUUCACAUUUUUACAAGAGAUCACAUCUCUGAGCUGACAUCAUAUUUCACAAACCAUGCCGCUCGAACCCUCCUUCUCCAAGGUGUUUUUUACUCUGCUGUCACCCCUCUCAUCUCUCGCACGACUCUUCCCGCUUCUCAAAUUACCCGGCUGACCAAUAAAACGCGGCUUCUCAUGACUCAAGGCACACUCGAUCCAACAACUUCCACGGAGGUAGUCAGGAUGGGGGAUCUUUGGCCCGGGGCAGUUCUAAUCCCGUCAAAUCGGCAGGAGUUGAUAGUCCUGGACUGGGAGUUUUGUGACAUUGGCAAUCCCGCCAUCGAG